AGUAAAGAUGGAUCGGCACGAAUUUAUCGAAUUUAUCACACCGUUGGUUCGAAUGAGAGCAACCGUGGAACACAUUCGCAAAUGGAAACGUAUCGAUGGGGUUACUACUCUCGAACCAUUUGCACCGCGUAACUCGAUAACAUAUUUUAAUAACAAGAAGGAAGAUACUCGAAUAAUCGAAACUGUAUCGGGAUACGAUCGAUUGCACAAACAAGAAGAUUUCGAUCUUCGAAAGUUACGAGCUGACCGUAAGAAUCCUUCUUUGAUUUGGUCCGAGAUUUACCAAGAGAACAAACAUCAUAUCGUCCCAAUGAUCAGCAAUCAUUGGUACGGUCGUCCGAAUCGUCAGCAAAUCGAUUACCCUGAUAAAUCCCUAUAUCGGGCUUCGCAAACACGUGAGUUCUACCGGCGUAAUGAUCUCAAUUUGAUUGCUGACGAGAUCAGAGGAGAACUUCAAACGUGUUAA